AUGGCCAACUUCUGGUGGGGAUCGGAUGCUCAUCUUCGGAAAAUUCACUGGAUUGCUUGGGAGAGACUAUGUUUGUCAAAGGAGAGUGGAGGGAUGGGUUUCCGGGACUUGGAAGCCUUUAAUCAAGCUCUUUUGGCAAAACAGGCGUGGAAAGUUUUAUCGUCCCCUCAGUGUUUAUUGGCUCAGGUCCUCAAGAGUAGAUACUUUCCAAAUUCAAACUUCUUGAAAGCCAAAAUUGGAGACAAGCCAUCAUAUGCAUGGAGAAGUUUGUUGUUUGGGAGAGAGUUGCUAAUUAAAGAUUUACAGAAGAGAGUUGGAGAUGGGAACUCAAUCAACGUUUGGACUGAUAGAUGGAUUGAAGAUGAAGCAGAUGGGUAUGGAAUAAGGGCGCCUUGGAUUAAAAACUGCACUUUCAAUGUUAACCUGAGGGCAAGAGAUUUGAUAGAUUUCCAAAACAGAAGAUGGAACGUACAGGCGUUGGAGGAGGUCCUCGUGCCCUCGGAUAUUCAAAUCAUCAUCAAGAAUCAACCUGUUACCUCCAAAGAAGACUUCUGGUCGUGGAAACUUAACAAAUCAGGGGCCUAUUCAGUCAAAUCAGGGUAUUGGUUAGCGUUUAGAGAAAAAAGUAAAGAGCUCCGUAGCUGGGUGGAAGCGCUCCCAUCGAUCAACAGCCUCAAAGCCCAGGUUUGGAAAGUGCAGGCUGGUCCAAAAAUUAAGAUUUUUGUUUGGAAAGCUCUGUCACAAGCCCUUCCGGUUGCUGAACUGUUAAGUGAGAGAGGAAUGAAGUGUGAUGAGAGAUGUCAACUGUGUGGGUUCGAAGGGGAAUCGGUGAACCAUGUGUUGUUCAGUUGUAAUCUAGCUAGGCAGUGUUGGGCACUCUCUAAUAUACCUUCUCCUCGGAAUGGGUUUAACGAUGAGUCUAUAUAUGAAAAUUUGGAUUAUUUAUUGACGCUGAGUAAGGCAGAGGAAAUCUCAAGGAAAGUGAAAAAAGAGGCGGACGCUUGGUUCCUUGCGCAACAAGUGCAAAAUGGCAUGGAGGAAGUAGAGGCAAGUGUGCGGGUGAAGGGGGCCACAAAAGAGAAUCAUGCCGUUUUAGGAGGUUGGAUCUUGUAUGAGAAUGGCAGAGUGUUGGAACACAGUAGGAGAGCCUUCUCGGAUGUGAAGACAGUGGGUGAGGCCAAGCUACAGAUGUGGCUGUGGGUAAUGGAGCGUAUGAAGAGCUUGAGAAAGAAGAAGGUUAGGUUUGUCUCAACUUUUGGGGAUUAUGUGAAGGCAAUUGAAAAACCUAUCUUUCGACCAGCUUUGCAAUAUGAAGCCUCAGAAAUAAAGAGAGAGUUGCAAGGUUUUGAGGCUUGGGAAUUAAGGAUCGGAUCACCGGUGACAGUCAGAUGCGCAUCUCUUAUUGCUUAG